AGAUUCAUCAUGGCAGUCUUGAGAGCUCUUGUGUUUCUUUUCUUGGUCUUUUCUGUUGAGAAUGCAGCAGCUCAACACUGCCCAUAUGGAUGGACACCUUUUGGUGUGCAAUGCUACAAAUUCUUCUCUCAGUCAGUUAACUGGAUCACAGCUGAGAAAAACUGCCAAUCUAUUGAUGCAAAUCUUGCAUCUGUGCGCAAUACAGUGGAAAACAACUUUCUCCUGAGUCUGAUUGUGCCUGCUGACACACGUGUUUGGAUUGGUGGCCAUGAUGGUGAAGUGGAAGGACAAUGGUUGUGGACUGAUGGAUCUCCAUUUGACCUUACCAACUGGUGCCCUGGACAACCUGACAAUUUUCAGGGCAAAGAAAACUGCCAGGAGAUAAACUUUACUACUAAUCAUUGCUGGAAUGAUGCGCCCUGUUCAUCCACAUUGGGCUACAUUUGUGCCAAACCUCUGUGAUCAUGAGAAAUCAAUCUGUGUCA